AUGGCCCGCUCGGCCUGCGGGUUCUCAGUCGUACUGCUGGGCGCCCUGCUGCUAGGUGCGACGCACCUGCUACACGGGACAGGUAAGCAAGCUGUGGCCAGGAAAGCGCCUGGACGUGGCGCACGCUAUCCGACCCGGUGGCACGGUCGGAGAGCUCUGGUGGCGCGACGGGCCUGGGACGCUGGCCCUGCGCGCAGGCCGCGGCACGUGGGAGUCCUGAGCCUGGAAGCAUCGGAGAUUGCUCUGCCCCAAGGAAGUGGCAUUACAGUACACAUCAGGCUGGUGAGCCCAGCCCUGCCUGUGAAACCCUGCUACAUGAUCGUGUCUAGACAGUAUGUGACUGAGUUGCUAGUCAAACCUGGAGAUAAAAAGUCUUUUGCCUUCAGCUGCAACAAUCCAGAGAAGCACUUUAUCUUGGAGAUCGAGAAGAAUAUCGACUGCAUGUCAGGCCCAUGUCCUUUUGGGGAGGUUCGUCUUCAGCCAUCCACAUCAGAGCUGCCUGCCCUCAACAGAACUUUCAUCUGGGACGUCAGAGCUCAUAAGAGCAUCGGCCUGGAGCUGCAGUUCUCAGUCCCUCGCCUGAGGCAGAUUGGCCCAGGCGAGAGCUGUGCAGAUGGGGUGACUCACUCCAUCAGCGGUCGCAUUGACGCCACGGAGGUCAGGAUUGGCACCUUCUGCAGUAACGGCACCGUGUCCCGGAUCAAGAUGCAAGAGGGCGUGAAAAUGGCCUUACACCUGCCAUGGAACAUACCUAGGAACAUCUCAGGCUUCAGUAUUGCAAACCGGUCAUCUAUAAAACGCCUGUGCAUCAUCGAGUCUGUGUUUGAGGGUGAGGGUUCAGCAACCCUGAUGUCCGCCAACUACCCCGGAGGCUUCCCUGAGGAUGAGCUCAUGACCUGGCAGUUCGUUGUCCCUGCACACCUAAGGGCCAGCGUCUCCUUCCUCAACUUCAACGUCUCCAACUGUGAGAGGAAGGAGGAGCGAGUUGAAUACUACAUCCCGGGAUCCACCACCAACCCGGAGGUGUUCAAGCUGGAGGACAAGCAGCCAGGGAACAUGGCUGGAAACUUCAAUCUCUCCCUACAAGGCUGCGACCAAGAUGCCCAGAGCCCAGGGAUCCUUCGGCUCCAGUUUCAGGUCCUGGUCCAACGUCCACAGAAUGAGAGCAACUGCAUGUCAGGCCCAUGUCCUUUUGGGGAGGUUCGUCUUCAGCCAUCCACAUCAGAGCUGCCUGCCCUCAACAGAACUUUCAUCUGGGACGUCAGAGCUCAUAAGAGCAUCGGCCUGGAGCUGCAGUUCUCAGUCCCUCGCCUGAGGCAGAUUGGCCCAGGCGAGAGCUGUGCAGAUGGGGUGACUCACUCCAUCAGCGGUCGCAUUGACGCCACGGAGGUCAGGAUUGGCACCUUCUGCAGUAACGGCACCGUGUCCCGGAUCAAGAUGCAAGAGGGCGUGAAAAUGGCCUUACACCUGCCAUGGAACAUACCUAGGAACAUCUCAGGCUUCAGUAUUGCAAACCGGUCAUCUAUAAAACGCUGCCUGGAUUACAACUACUGCUACGGGAAGUCCUUCCACCUGCAGGUGCCCAGGGACAUCCUCCAGCUGCCUGUGCAGCUGCACGACUUCUCCUGGAAGCUGCUGAUGCCCAAGGGCAGGCUCAGCCUCAUGAUGGUGCCGAGCCAGAAGCUGCAGCAGCACACGCGCGAGAGGCCCUGCAACACCAGCUUCGGCUACCUCGUGGCCAGCACCACACCUGGCCAGGACCUGUACUUCGGCUCCUUCUGUCCGGGAGACUCAGUUGAGAAGAUCCAGGUGAAGCAAAACAGCUCUGUGACCCUACGAACAUAUGCCCCCAGCUUCCAACAAGAGUUCUCCAGACACGGCCUAACGGUGUCCUUCAUACCGUAUUUCAAAGAGGAAGGCAUUUUCACGGUGACCCCAGACCCCAAAAACAAGGUCUACCUGAGGACCCCCAACUGGGACCGUGGCCUGCCUGCCCUCUCCUCUGUGUCUUGGAACAUCAGUGUGCCUAGCAACCAGGUGGCUUGUCUGACCUUCUUCAAAGAGCGUUCUGGCGUGGUCUGCCAAUCGGGACGUGCAUACAUGAUCAUCCAGGAGCAGCAGACCCGGGCAGAGGAGAUCUUCAGCCUGGAGGAGGAAGUGCUACCUAAGCCAAGUUUCCAUCGUCACAGCUUCUGGGUUAACAUCUCCAACUGCAGCCCCAUGAAUGGCAAGCAGCUAGAUCUGCUCUUCUGGGUGACUCUCACCCCCAGGACUGUGGAUUUGGCUGCCAUCAUUGGUGCAGUAGGAGGCGGAGCCCUGUUGCUGUUUGCCCUCGUACUCAUCGUCUGCUGUGUGAAAAAGAAGAAGAAGGUCAACAAGGGCCCUGCUGUGGGUAUCUACAACGGCAAUGUCAAUACCCAGGUGCCCCAGGCUCAAAAGUUCCCGAAAAGACGAAAGGACAAUGACUCCCAUGUGUACGCCGUCAUCGAUGACACCAUGGUGUAUGGCCACCUGCUGCAAGACUCCGGUGGUUCCUUCAUCCAGCCGGAGGUGGACACCUACCGGCCCUUCCAGGGCCCCAUGGGGGACUGUCCCCCCUCCCCACCCCCAGUAUUCUCCAGGACCCCAACUGCAAAGUUCACUGCGGAUGAGCCAGCCCCUAGUAGCCCUCCUGAGUCUGAGAGUGAACCAUACACAUUUUCACACCCCAGCAAGGGGGAGGUAGGUGUCAGGGAGACGGACAUCCCCUUACUCAACACCCAGGGGCCAGUGGAGACAGAAGAAUAA